AAAUUUUGUGACGAUGGUAUAUUGUUACAAGUAUUAUGUUUUGGGACAUUAUCCAUCGUCUCGUCUAUUUUCUAAAAACCGUCCUGUUUUUUAGUUCUACUGUUUGUUGUGUUACUAGACCUGAACGAGCGGAGAGGAAGUAGAAACGUUUGUAGGAAGAGGUAUGAACGAAUGCAGUGAGAGUAUUGUGGGUCGUGUAGAUAUUGUGAAUUAUAGUGGGGAAAAUGAUUUGGCAUCUAUAGAAUUUGAUUUUAAAAAUGAUAUUUAUUUGUCGUUUAUGCGGGAAAUGUGAAAAUGAAUUAUCAGGUUUAGCAAUAUUCGGAGAACAAGGAGUACAAGAAGCGAUAGCAUAUAAAAUAAAGUUGUCGCUUGAUAUAUCGGUGUAUGAAUAUGACCCACUCCCAAAAUAUAUUUGUGAAUGUUGCCUUGGAAAAUUAUUUACUACCUUUGCAUUCCAAGAAAGUUGUAGGAGAGUUCAGAUCCUGUUACGGGAACGUUUUCUGAGUUCAAAAAGUUGGUCUCCUAAUGAAAUCACACCUACAGCUGAAGUGGAAGAGUUACCAAAUGGAUCUAUACAUGGGACACCAGAUGAAAAAUCUGUUCCAGAAAGCAUUCUCCAUGUUUCUGAGGACGCCCUGCACUUCUGUAACACUGAAACAGCAUACAGUCAAAAUGAAAUCAGUGAAACUCGUAUUAGAGGAGGACAUGGGGAGAUGAGGAAUGAUGUGUUGGCUCCAUCUGAACUGAAUAAUAGCCCCAGCAAUGUGCAAACACGGAUGAGUUGUGGUUCUGCAAAACCUGCAGUUGAGAACAUGCAGACAGCAAAGAAUAACAGACCAGAGUUGGAAGUGCCUCAGGCAGAAACCGAGCUAAACAUUUUUGGGGAACCAUUCAACCUCAAUACUCUUCUAAGAAAUGGAGUUAUAGAAGAACUUGUGAAGGCUGUGGGUGAUAGAGGAUACAAGAAAUCCAACUCUAGAAAGACUAAGAAGACAUGUAACAGUGCUUCAAGUAGAUCACGUAGAAAGAAGCAAAAGACUAAUCGUAUGCCAUUAAAUGAUAAGGAACCAUGUCUCAUUCAGACAGAUAACUUGACAUCAACAGUUUCGAAUGUGGCAGUGGUUCAGCAGACUGUAAAUGCAUCAGAUAUACACAUUCCUAUUUCCUCUGGCAUUAGAAGUCAUGAAUUAUCAAGAGUUGACGAAUCCCAUUCCAAAACAUCUGUUGGAAACUCAGCUGAAACUGUGCAUGUGGACGAGGUUGCUAUGGGGGACGAUGUUUAUAUAGGGCCUGAUCUUUAUGAAACACCAGAAAUUGUUGCUCUUGUUGACGUGCAAAAACAUGCAGGACCUAGUCAGUCAGAAGACAUAGACUCAGUAUGUAAUACUUUAAAAAUUGUUGAUGUGUUUUCUACCCACGACAUAUCAAGCACCUCUAUGCCUGCUGAAUAUGUGAUUGAUACACUAUACAGUUCUGACACAAGCAACUGGCAUUCUCCAUCUUGUGCAGAAAACCAGUCUAAUUCACUUUCAUCUUCAGCAUGUAGUAUGCAAAGUCCAUCCAAGAAUCCUUCAGAUAUAAGAAACUGGCACACAGUGUCCUCACAAAGUCCAUUAAAUACGCUUCCCUCAUACACUCCUCCUCCCUCAAGGAAUCCACAGAAUUCCUCUAAGAAAAGGGGAAAAGUUGUUGACUCAGGGUCUACUUUGAACGGUUCCUCUCCCACAGAGGAGGAAGAUGAAAUUCUUGUCAUUGAAGUUGUCAAGGCUAACAAAGAUUCAAUUGCCAAACACUGGGAAAAAUGCCCAUCAGGUUUUACAUGUAAAUUUUGUACUAAAACAUAUAAGAGACUGAUUAAAUGUGAGAAUCAUAUCCGGAUUCAUCUGGGUGUUAAACCAUAUGAAUGCCACAUUUGCAAACGAAGGUAUCACAAGAAGAGGCUGCUAAAUGAACACUGUUCUAAUCACACAGGGAAAAAAUUGUAUCAGUGCAAAGAAUGUGACAAAUCAUUUCGCUACAGGAAGAACUUCAAAACUCAUGCAGAAAGUCAUGUGGCAGAGUCCAGUUCAAGUUAUACAUGUGAGAUAUGUGGUAAAACAUUUUCAUUGCAAUUUGGCUAUUGGAGCCAUAAAACAUCAAAGCAUGUCAUUGUGGAUACACAGACAGUAGGAGUAGAUUAGACCCAAAGUAUACAUACAAGAAAGAAUUGAAAAUUGUUGUAUAGGCUCACAGGUAUUUGAAAUAAAUCCAUUGAUUUGCCAACUUCUCUGUAAAACCAUCAUGAUUUGCAUAUAUGUAAAUACAAAGCUUUGGCAACCCACUACUGAAAUUUAGCAUGGGUUGGUUUUAGCUUUUGCUCAUUUGAUUUAAUUUAUACAAUAGCUUUAGUCACAAAGUAAUCACCAUACUUAGAACAUUUGAUGCCUAAUAAUGGAUGUCUUAUUUUGAUGUGACACUUUUUUAAUAUUUCUGUUGUUGAUACCUUGCAUAUUUCUCCAUUAACACAAGUUGGUUGUUUUUCUUAAGCCAUUUACAAGUAUGUAUUAUGUUCGGAACAUUAAGUAAGCUAGUUAAACGGGUUUCAUUAAUUUUAUUUAUUACUAUUAGAAUUAAUGAAUAUGCUCACUACCCCUGAAAUGUCAAAUGGAUCACAGAAAGCAGGUAUGACAUUUUCAGAAAAAGUGAAUAAAAUUCUUUUUAUAACUCUUCUUAGACCAAGGUACUUCACUGAACAGAAUUACAGGUCAGUCAGAUGACACUGAGGACGCUAACACAUUCUGCAGCAAUUUGGAACAUCCCAGACCUUCUGUUACAGAAGAAUGACGACAUUUAAAUUUUCCAGCUACUGCUUAUUAAAUUUUGUCUCCGUAACUCUUCUGUGUCUUUACAUGAGCCAAGAAGUAUCCACAUUAAGGGACCCAAUAUAAAGUUGUGACAGACUAAACUGAUGUUACUACACUGUGCAUGCCUCCUGUUUGGAGAGGUCCUGAGGUUAUUUAGAAAGAAAUCUUGGGUAACUGCUGCCUCUGUAUAUCAUGCCAUGAUGAUUGGAAUAUUAUUUUGAUUCUGUAUGAAUUUUAUAUUCUUUAAAGUAUGAGAUGAAUGAUGCUUGUAUUUGGGUGAUGAAUCAAGCCAACAGUUUUUAUUAAUUUGUAAUGACAUAAACAAUUUAAAGACAUACAAAGACAACAAGUUUCCAUGUUGAGAAGUAUGCUUGAAUUUGACUGUUCAUGCAUUUUAAUACUGUAAAAAUCAGCAGUGUAUUCUAAUGACUUGUCAUCGCUGUGCACAGGUCCACUAUGCUCUGUCUUUCACUUGAAAUAAUAAAAGACCUUAAAAACUCAG